AUGCGCUCCCUCGUCGGGCUAGCGGCCACCGUGGCGGCGGCCAGCGUCUACCUCUACGUGCUCUCCACUCAUCUCCCGCCGGCGGAUGAGCACUUCCCGCCGACCUCGCCUGGGGAGCCUGAACCCGAACCCCACUACUACAAGCUGAAGUUCCCGUCUGAUCUGGACGAGCUUCGGGAGCUUGCCGAGAUGCUCAGGUUCUACAAGCGGGAGCACCACGGUUACGUUCUGCUGCUCUUCUGCAGCGCAUACCUCUACAAGCAGUCCUUCGCCAUUCCUGGUUCCUCCUUCCUGAACAUGCUAGCCGGCGCCAUAUUCGGACCCUGGGAGGGGCUGGCGCUGGCGUGCUUGCUCACCACCACGGGCUCAACGUUCUGCUACCUGCUGUCCUCCACCUUUGGGAAGCAGCAUGUGGUUCGCAUCUUCCCGGACAAGGUGGCCCUGCUGCAGAGGAAGGUCGAGGAAAACCGAAGCAGCUUGUUCUUUUUCCUCCUAUUCCUGCGCUUCUUUCCCAUGACCCCUAACUGGUUCCUUAACAUCACCUGUCCUGUCCUCAACAUCCCCAUGCCCAUCUUCUUCUUCUCCGUUUUCAUCGGUUUGAUUCCUUACAACUUCAUCUGCGUGCGCACGGGCGCCAUCCUCUCAGAGAUCCACUCUCUGGAUGACAUCUUCUCGUGGGCCACGCUGGCCCAACUGCUGGCCAUCGCACUGGUGGCGCUGGUGCCCGGUGCGCUUAUAAAACGUUACGGUCAAGCUCAUCUCAAGGUGGAAGAUAUGGACGGAACGCAGGAUAGUGAUCGGAAGAGGCGAUGACGAUGGUAGGAUGAGGACGUUGAAUACUUGAGGUCUCCACUGGUGGACAUUGCACCACAAGCCUCGACAUCACUGUGAAGAAAAAAAAACAUUUAGUGGCAGUCCAAGAUUUCCCAAAAUGUUCUAUACCCAAGUCUUACCAUGUUUUAGUAUUAUUUAUGGAAUAAUAAUUAAACCGAAUCCCACGCCCACUUUUAGACAUCCAGGUAGGCUGAUAUUCAGUGUAGCAGCGCCUCCUGCUGGUGACUAAAAUGACUCCUCAGUUCUUAACUUUAUCAAGAGGAAUGUCAGGUUCAAGCAAAUAUGUUUUUCAACUACAGCUGUUUACAUGCUGAACAAGCAUUUUUUUUAAUUUUCUUAAUGUUUUUAUGUUAUUUUGCAUAUUGUACAUUGUUCCUUUAAGGACUUUGUGAAGAGAUGUCUUAAUCGUUAUUUUUAUUGACAAUACCAGUUAUUACAUAUCGUGUGUGUCUCUGAGGAUGAGAUUGUCCUUCCUCUUUGAUCAAAUCAUGUAAACAUGUUUAAACAAGUGUUUACUCAGCCGUUUUAUUUUACUAUAUUUUGAAAUCCAUGUCAAGGAAAAUGCACAAUAAAACGCACUUAAUAAACUUA